UGCUGUAAACAUACCGGCUGUCUCUACAGAAACUUCUAGCUCCGCGUGCACCACAUUGUUCGCUUUAUUCUGUUCUACCAUUACGUAGGACGGUCAAGUAUUGCGUCUUUGACAGUUUUGAGGGACUGAUUCAAGUAAGAACAUUCAUUCAAGUUUGACGUUACUAUCGAAAGCUUUCACAACAGAAACCAUCCCAAAUUCUACAAACACCACGACACGAACCUCACAAGUAAGCAGGUGGGAAGUCGACGCGGCAGUUGCUGCGGUGAUCUGCCAAACACGGACGCGGCGUCUGCGACAGGUGAGCUUGACGGCUGUUGACGCGGACUGAGCUGCCAGCACGGCCGCCUGACUAAGUCCGCUUACUGACUUUGGACCAACGGCUCUGCCGCUGACUCAGAGGUGCUUUACAAAAAGCCCAGGAAUUAUAAUAUACAGUAUGGGAGCUUAUGCAAGCAGUUUUCACAAGAGUGGAGGACAGAUACUCCUGGACUCAACAGAUCCUUCUCAAGCAAACUGGAUUACAGCCCAUGCAGAAGCAUGCAAAUUGUCUGUUCCUGAGGUACUUAGGUGCUGGGAGAAUUUCCAGAUUUUUGAACCAGAUUCUAAUGGCAAUGUUGAGAUACAGAGACUAAAAGGAAACAACUUUUUCAGUAAACAGUUGCUAAAACAAUUGCCGUACAGGAAUGAUGGUCUUCUGACGUUUCAGACCUACUGCAGUGCUGUUUCUUGGCUUAGCAACUCAACCACAGAGGUGAAACUUCAAGGAUUAUAUCGCAUAUUAACAUCAAGCUCUCUUAGCAGAGAAAUGUUAGAAAAUAUCCUGCAAAUACUUUAUCCACAUGAGAGCCUAGAGGAAACGCAGCAACUAUGUAAUCUCAUAAUGCAAGAAAUUGAUACAAAAAAACAAGGAUAUAUUGAUGAAGAUCAGUUCAUGACAUGGAUGAACAAGUUACGAUGGGGGACACUGAAGAAUGUAUUACACUUUCCAGUCAUACCCCAUGAAGUCGCUGAAGAAAAUGAGCUGAAAACUCCCCAGCAAGUUACAGCUGUUAUCCAAGACCACAGGAAAAUAACAGAUCAACAGCUGUAUAAAAUUGCUACAGAGAUAGCCAGGAACAGAAGAGACUGGAGACUUCUGGCUAAUCACCUUGGAUUUUUAGAGAAGGACAGCAAGCAGUUUGAGAACAAACAUGCAGAACUACAACCCCAGAUCUUGGAAAUGCUGCAGGUGUGGAGGAAUAAAUCUGGCAACCAAGACCUUCGGCGGAUACUUCAGGCUGCCCUGAAAGACAGUGGGAAUGCUGACAUUUAUAACAAUGUUUUUCAACUUAAUUUUUGAUACUGUAAUUGUAAAAGACCACCUUCUUCUUGCCAUAUGCCUGCAGAAUUUUGUGUUGAUAAUUCGCUUAAAUGCUAAAACAUGCUGGGAUCUAUUUCUUGUACAGUCUAUUUCAAUAUGUAUUUUUAUAUUUUUUUAAAAAGUAUUAAUUCAUGUCUCCAUUCAUUUUCAAACUGUUUGGUCCAUUUCAGUGUCAUGAGCUUAUUCUACAUGCACUAGACACAAGGAUGGAAAAGCUGUCAAGAUAAGAUGGGAGACCAUCACAGGGCCUACUUAGAGUCAUGAAUUAAACUAACCUGCACCUGUUUGUUGACAUGCUCUUUAUUAUUUGUUUGAAAUUUAUUUUACUCUUGCCAUUUGCUUAUAGACACCAUCAUUUUGUUAUCUGGGCACUUUGCACUGCCAUGAUAUGACACGCAUGACGCCAUUGUGGCAUGACGUGGCUACGUCAUCUGGCAACAAUGUGAUAACAUUAUGUGCAUAAAAUAAAGGUAAAAUGUAGAAGGGAUGAUAAAAUCACAUUUUUGAUGUAGAAGGAAAUCUGAAGUAUUUAACAAUGCAAAAUAUUUAUGUUAAAACUAGAAUUUUAGAGUGUUAAUAUACACACAAAUCCACAAGUUAUUAACAGUUUUCAUACAGUGGCUUCUUCUACUGAUCUAUAAUGGCAGUUUUCCAAUAGGAGCUCCUCACAACUCGUACUUCUGUGUAAUGUUUACCUGCAUUAACAUUAACUGCCACCACAUUGUUAAUCUCGGGUGCUUGCCCCACAUAGGGUUGUGAUUUUAGCAGUAAAAUGUUGCACAUCAAGUUUUUAUUAUAUGGAAUGAAAUUUGAGAGUCAUAUAUCUUCUUCGGUUAUGUUGCAGUUAAUCACAAAUGUGGUCAAAAACAAAACAUCUAUGGGGCAAUUUUACUCAAAAUCAGACAUCUGUCCAUGUACAAUGGUAAUAAAAUUACAUUUUGACUGAUUUGGUUUUGAGUUGCUGUGUACAUAGGCUCACCUUCUCACACACAGGCACUUCAAAAGGGACAAAUU